AUGAAGCAAGUGAAAUUCAUAUGUGAAAGCAACUUACAAAGACCUAAUCCUAAUGAAAGUGGUGAAGAAUGUUCCCAAAUACCAAUCACCAAUCAAUCAAUUCCUUUCGUUUCUAAUCCUAAUGCAACUCCACAAACACCAAUCACCAAUCAUUCAAUCCCUUCGGUUUCUAAUCCAACUCCACAAACACCAUGUUCUAACCAACCUAAUGAUAACAUUGACUUGAAAGAUCUUCCAAAGGACCCGGCGGAUAGGCCAUUGAUUACAAGUUACAAACCAAAUAUAAGAGAUGAUGUAAGAAGAGCAUAUUUGCUUCAAGGACCGUGUCAAGUAAGGACACAUAAGUUUCCUAAAAAAAAAAUAGGUGAUAGAUUUAGAAGAUUCGUUCCUUCAUGGUUUGAUGACUUUGAUUGGUUGGAAUAUAGUGUGAAAAAGGAUAGUGCAUAUUGUUUAUAUUGUUAUUUGUGUGGGGACCUCAUGGGACAAAAAGGAGGGAGAGAUGCAUUUGUUUCCCAAGGUUUUGAUACUUGGAAUAAAAAAGAUGCAUUUCGGACUCAUGUGGGUGGUGUUGAUAGUUUUCACAACAAAGCAAGAGAAAAGUGUGAGUUUUUAAUGAGGGAAAAACAAGCAAUUAAUGUCGUCUUGAGGAGGCAAACCGAAGCGGAGGACAAUAAAUAUAAAGCUCGAUUACGUGUUUCUAUUAUUGUUGUUAGACUUUUAUUAAAAACCGGUUUACCGUUUCGUGGUCAUGAUGAGUCGGUUAACUCGGAAAAUAAAGGGCUUUACAUUGAAGUGUUAAAAGCCAUUCGAGAGACUAGUGAAGAGAUUUUCAACAAUACUUUAGAAAAUGCUCCUAAAAACAAUCAACUAAUUUCCCCUAAAAUUCAAAAAGAACUUGUGCAAUGUUUUGCACAAGAAGUACUUUUGAGUAUUCGUGAGGAGAUUGGUCAAGAUGUUUUUGCUUUACUAGUUGAUGAAUCUAGUGAUGUUUCAAAAAAGGAACAAAUGGCUAUUGUUUUGCGUUAUGUCGAUAGUCUUGGCUUUGUGAAAGAAAGAUUCAUACGAAUAGUGCACGUGAAGGAUGCAUCUUCUUUGACCCUCAAAAACACCAUAAAUGAAGUACUUACAAGUAAUAAGUUGAGUUUUAGUUAG